AUUAUUUUCUUAGUUAUUUAUUCGACACCACCAGGUAUCCGUCGGACCGGUAAUUUUCCUAUUCAAUAGCGUACGAAACGGCGCCUCUCCGAACGCACUCGUAUCGUUGUUUGUAUCCUUUGUUCAUGCAUGAUAGAACAAGCUCCGGACAGAUUGCCGAUGACUGAUUUCUCCUAGUGCUUCUCACAACCAUGCUCAGGCUUCUCUCAAUCUCCUCCAAAUCCAGCUCUCUACGAAAGCCAAACUCGUCGUUCUCCUACACAUCCAGCUACUUGCACACGCAUCUUUGCAAUUCAGCGAGGCCAACUUCUUCCCCUCAAUCCACUUCUUGUAUCUCUACAGGCCCGUCGGAGUCUCUUAUAAACCAUUCCAGUUUCGCAAAUCUAACCAGGCCUCCAAAUGGGUAUUCGUUCUUUCACCGUUUGGAGCGAAAUUUCGGUUCCUUCAGCUCCCAGAUUGGGUUUCGUACGGGUUUCUCAUGUGGAUAUUGGCUGAAUUGUGCCAAUUUGAGGAUCUUUGAGAGAAAUGGAGGUGCAUUUUUGAGUGUUCAUGGUUCUGUGGGUCGAUUGAGGAGCUUCAGUAGUGAAUCGGACCGGGAGUCUAUGGAGUACGAUGUUGUUAUUGUUGGGGCAGGACCGGCCGGGUUAUCAGCAGCUAUACGUUUGAAGCAAAUCUGCUCUGAAAAGGGUGUUGAUUUGUCGGUGUGUGUAGUUGAAAAGGGUCCUGAAGUAGGCGCUCACAUCCUUUCUGGGAAUGUUUUUGAACCCCGGGCACUAGAUGAACUUCUUCCUCAGUGGAAACAAGAAGAGGCACCCAUAAAUGUUCCAGUUUCUUCUGACAAGUUUUGGUAUCUUACAAAGAAUCGUGCAAUUUCACUUCCUUGUCCUUUUAAUAACAAAGGGAACUAUGUUAUAAGUUUAAGUCAGUUAGUACGUUGGAUGGGGAUGAAAGCUGAAGAAUUGGGGGUAGAAAUAUAUCCUGGUUUUGCUGUUAGUGAGAUAUUAUAUGAUGCAAACAACAAGGUUAUUGGCAUUGCAACUAAUGAUAUGGGAGUUGCCAAAGAUGGUUCAAAGAAGGAAACUUUUCAGCGUGGCGUGGAAUUAAAAGGGAAAAUAACGCUUCUAGCUGAGGGCUGUCGAGGAUCAUUAUCAGAGAAAAUAAUGAAAAAAUACAACUUGAGAGAGAAAGUGCAUGCUCAACAUCAGACUUAUGCUUUAGGAAUUAAAGAGGUCUGGGAGAUUGAGAAGGGAAAACACAACCCUGGUGCUGUGCUUCACACUUUAGGAUGGCCCUUAGAUCAAAAGACAUAUGGAGGAUCGUUUCUGUAUCACCUUAGUGAUAGCCAGAUUGCGAUUGGCUUUGUGGUUGCUUUGAAUUAUCACAAUCCUUUUCUGAACCCUUAUGAGGAAUUUCAGAAAUUUAAGCAUCAUCCUGCCAUCAAAUCACUCUUAGAAGGUGGGAGCAUUCUCCAGUAUGGUGCUCGCACUUUAAAUGAAGGUGGUUAUCAGUCUAUUCCAUAUCCAGUUUUCCCUGGAGGAGCAAUUAUUGGAUGUUCAGCUGGAUUCUUAAAUGUACCAAAGAUAAAGGGGACGCACAUGGCAAUGAAAUCAGGAAUGCUAGCAGCAGAAGCUACAUUUGAUGCUCUUCAUGAAGGUUCAAAUAUGGAAACAUAUUGGGAUGCUUUACAGAACUCAUGGGUAUGGGAAGAGCUAUAUAGAGCUCGAAACUACCGACCGGCAUUUGAAUACGGGCUAAUUCCUGGCUUAGCUAUGAGUGCAUUAGAACACUAUAUACUGAGGGGGAAAUCCCCAUUAACACUGAAGCAUGGCAAGCCUGAUCAUGAAGCAACAAAGGUCGCAAGUUUAUGUUCUCAAAUUCAAUAUCCAAAGCCUGAUGGGGUUUUGUCUUUUGAUGUGCCAACCUCUUUACACAGGAGCAAUACAAAUCAUGAACAUGACCAACCUGCUCACCUUCGUUUGAGGAACGCCAAGAUUCCUGAACUUGUUAAUCUGCCAGACUAUGCUGGACCUGAGUCACGAUAUUGUCCUGCACGUGUAUACGAGUAUAUUCCAGAUGAAAAGGGUCAACUGAAAUUGCAGAUCAAUGCUCAAAAUUGCUUACACUGCAAGGCCUGUGAUAUUAAAGACCCAAAGCAAAAUAUUGAGUGGACUGUGCCAGAAGGAGGUGGUGGUCCAGGCUACUCAGUCAUGUAGCUCAAGCGCUCACCUGCUGUAAAAAAAAGGGGCAAAUCACUCAGAAAAUUCAUAAUGCCCAUCACCCUUCAGGAAAUAAGUAAAUGCUUAAACAAUGCAUUAUUUUCAAUGGAUUUUAGAUGCUACAUUAAUAAAGAAACGCCAUGGAUUGGCAUUAAAAGCC